UUAAGCAGUCACAAGGCAGAGCCAGCCUGAGCUGGGGAUCCUGCCUGCGUAUGCCGACUGCCCCUUUACUUCCCUCCAAGUAGGAGACACAGAGCAACAUGCCCCCCAAGAAGGAUGCCCCAGUGAAGCGGCCAGUAGCCCCUCCUGCCAAACCGGCUGCUAAGCCAGCUGCUGCAAAGCCAGCCGCCCCAGCAGCUAAAGCCAAAGUGCAAGACACAGUUCCAGCACCACCAUCAGCACCAGAGAAACCCAAGGAGCCUCCAAUUGACCUCUCCAAAGUGGUGAUUGAAUUCACUAAGGAGCAGCUAGAAGAUUACAAGGAGGCCUUUGGGCUCUUUGACCGAGUCGGUGAUGGCAAAAUCCAGUUAAGCCAGUGUGGAGACUUGAUGAGGGCCCUGGGCCAAAAUCCCACAAAUGCUGAUAUCAUGAAAGUUCUGGGACACCCCAAGCAUGAUGAACUGAAUUCUAAGCGAGUGGAGUUUGAAGAGUUUCUGCCCAUGUUGCAGACUAUUGCCAAGAACAGAGACCAAGGCACCUACGAAGACUAUGUGGAAGGGCUCAGGGUCUUUGACAAAGAGGGCAAUGGCACGGUUAUGGGGGCAGAAUUGCGUCAUGUUCUGGCUACACUGGGUGAGAAAAUGACUGAAGAAGAAGUGGACAGCCUAUUAGCUGGACAUGAAGAUGCCAAUGGCUGCAUUAACUAUGAAGCCUUUGUCAAACACAUCAUGGCUGGCUGAGCUGACCUCAGGGAAGCUGCUUAUGGUGAUGAUGAACAAAUGUACGCUUCAGGCAAAUCUCCUAAACUCAUCACUCCUCCUUGGCAUCAGUGUCCCUUUUUUAUCUUUGUAUAAAGAACACAGCCC